AUGCAGGAAUUGCACUCGGCGGUGCGGCAGGUGCUUCUCUUUCAUCCAAGCACCGUGAUGAAUUAUGGCAUAGCAGCCCUCACUGUCUCUUCAAGUCCGAACGAAAAAAAAACUGUCAUGGCAGAAGCGGCGGAAUUCCUCGUAUCUCAACUCAUCUUCGUCCUGUCCCGGGGUCUGCAUGAGGGAGUGGACCUCUGGUCCGUGCUCGAGACACUCGAACGUGUGCCGAACAAAAUCGCCCAGGAGGAUGCGAGCAGCUCUGCCAAGCAGGCACUGCACCGCCUGAAGUUCUCGGGACAGCUGAUCUACGUGGUCAAAUCAACCUUCGUGCGUAGCACCGCUGAACUGCGUACCCGAGCACUGCUCCGUCUGGCGCUGAACCAGGGUGUCCUCCUCGCAGCGCUGGAACUUAUUGCGCGCUGGAAUGCGGCGGAGUUAGUGGUCUUCUACACCGAUCCCGCUUCUAGUGUGUUGUGCUGCGUUGACGACGAUCUCUGGGACAUGUUCCUCAGGGCAUGCGCCCCAAUCGGGGGCGUGACACUCGCUGAUAUUGAGGCUGGUGUGCCGAAGGGCGCGUCUGUGGUGAAGUUUGACAUGAAGUUGGCGCUCCCGGGCGUGGACGCCGACGACGUGGCGUCCAGCACCCCUUGCAACGACGAUGCAGGUGAGCGGGGGUCGUCGAAUGGCGGCGCGACGCCCGUGCAGAUGGCGGGGCCGGUCGAUCAUGGCGACCCUCUGCAUGUGCAGCUGCUACCUCUCGGUGGCCGCGCACCAAGGAAGCCGAGACGCAGACGCCGGCACAGGAGGGGUGUGAGGUCGAGAAAGACUGCACAUGAAGAAGUGAAUAAAGAAGUGGAAAGAAAAGCGCUUGCUACGCCACCGCCUCUGGUAGAAGAGGAUGUCACGUCUGAAGAUGUGGCUAGCCUACUUGACCAUGUGGAGGCGCUCCUUUUGGGGCAAUGGGGCUAUCUUAACACUGCGAUGUCUGUGCGGGAAGCUUUGCUGUUUGAGGAAGCAGAACAUGGCUGA